GUCAAUUGGCCUAAAAAAAAAAAAAGUUUCCUUAUUCGCGUUUAACUUUUUGUUUGCGGCAAAUCAAAACAUGGCGGACCUAACUCUAGCCAGAAAGAAUGAACUGGAAGAAUUUAAGAGUGAUGCAAAUGACGUCUUAAAGUUUAAGCUGGUUAGAAAACCAGAGGACAUAGAAGAUGAAAGUAAAAGCUUUGGGCCAGAUAUGUCACAUCAAAUCUUUGGAGAUGCGGAAAUAAUUUUCGGCUACAAAAAUCUGAAAGUGUUGUUAUAUUACACAGCAGCCAAGCUAAUACCUUACUUUCAGAUUUCAUUCAGUGAAAAGUGCAAUGUGAAAAAAUCUGGUGUACCUCCUGAUAAUGUUGAGAAAAUUAUGGCAGCUGAAUUGCCACCAAAAUAUUUGACAAACCUAGACACAUUCCGAGCUGCUUUGGAGGAAGAAGACAAGUUUGAGCCUUUUGGGCAAAUGAUUGAUGCAUACACACUAAAAACAAGAGGUGGUGAAGAAAAGCAAUUUGAGGUCUAUUUUGUGAAGAUAGAGGAGCCCGGAUUUAGAGAGUAUCAUGCUCGUCUUCAGUCGUUCAUCAAGUUUUAUAUUGAUGCUGCAUCGUACAUUGAUGUUGAUGAUGAACAGUGGGAUUAUUUCGUUUUAUUUGAAAAAUACAAAGAAGACGGCAGACAGAAAUAUGCGGUGGCAGGAUACAUGACAGUCUUUAACUUUUAUGCUUACCCAUCCAGGAUUCGACCCAGAAUAAGUCAGGUACUAGUGCUUCCCCCUUUUCAAAAGAUGGGACUCUGUGCCAAGCUGAUUCAAACUUUCUACAACAUGUGUUAUAGCAAGCCAGAGAUACUUGAUAUUACAGUUGAGGACCCCUCAGAGAACUUCCAGAGAGUCAGAGACUAUGUGGACGCCAAAAACUGUCAGAAGCUGAAGAGUUUCCAAGCUGGGGAGCUGCUUAAAGGGUUCUCACACGAGAUGGUCCACGAAGCCCAAACCAAACUCAAGUUGAGCAAGCUGCAGGCUAGAAGGGUGUAUGAGAUCUUGAGGCUCAAGGCAACAGACCAGAGUAACAAGGACAUGUUCAGGGCGUACAGGCUGGACGUCAAGAGACGCCUCAACAUUCCUUUCUUGAAAAACCGCAGAACUUACCAGAAACUGGAGAAGAGUCUCAAUGCAGAGGAGUUAACCCAGACUUUAGGGAUGAUGAAAAACGAACAAAAAUUUCAGUACCUAGAGAACAAUUUUCAGGAGGAUUUAUCAGCCUACAAACAUGUUCUGGACAGACUUGCCACACUGCAAUAAUUUAUUUUUUGGUCUCAAUGCGGGUAUAAAAUUCUUCGUUCUGAUUAGGAAAUCACUACACAGUGACUUUUUUUAGAUUGUUUUCCAUCACAUCUAAGUUUUUCUUCUGUGUGAAGAAUCUAAUUAUUUGAUCAAUAAUUGAAAGAACAAGUAAAUUUAUUUAUACACAGCUUUUAAGUGUAUUGAAAAUAUUUCUUUGAAAGGAUCUCUUAUUAUAAAUACUAACCAAUUAUUACAGCUAUGUUUUAUAUUUGUUCUAUUAUAAAUUUGGAUAGCCAUAUUUGUUGCAGUAUUUAUAACUUUUACAAUGAAAUGUUGAAAGCUUGAUACGGGCAUUAAUUAGCUGCUUCUCAUACACAGUGAAGUGAAUAGUUUGUGGUUGUGUUCAGUGCACUGUUGAUAGGUUGAACUUGUGUGUUGAUUGUUGUGUUGUCCAUGUUGGAUCAACAGUUGUUGUGUAGCUGAUGCUGAGUGAACUUGUUGAUAAUAGUUGUAAAUACAAUAAAUCCAUUGGAUGGUGA